GAUGACUCUCAUAUGCAGCAUAGUGCCAGUACUAGUGCCGCUCUACCUUUUAGAUGAACUGGCGAGCACCAGCGGCCUAGUACAUCCUGGUCUUUCACAUACCAGCACUGCAGUAUCACUUGGUGACGUGGCGAGUCCCAUAAGUGCAGUACAAGCUGGUGCGGUGGCAAGCACAAGUAUUAUUCCGCAACCUCCAAGAAUUUGCACAGAGGCCCAUAGGGCCCCUAGUAUCUUUCCAGAUGUGCCCACAAAUCUGUAGCCCACAAAUUCUGUAGCUCCCGUACAUCCCCCAUUCACUGCCCAACCC